UGGCUGGUCUUGGAUCCUUCAGAACAGUUUACCACUUCCCCUGCUGAUCGCAGCGCAGCUACCGCCAUCCAGCUAGUUGCCCAGGAACCAUGAGAAGGAAAAAAAUCUAUUUAAAAAGCUUUCAUGAAAAUACCACCAGUAGCACGAUAACCUUUUAAGUGCUAAUAGGAACACCGGUGUAAACUCGGGGGGUUUUGAUGAGAACUUUAUUCUCAGCGUAAAGUUAAUGCUGCUCCGAUUCUAGUAACGACAGUAGUAAAAACUUCUAAAAUAGUGAGUAGGCUCUGCUUUGCGGAGGCUGGGUUUCACCCAUCUCCCUGAGAGAAGUCCCAGGCCUUGAAAUUUUAAUCUUCCAACAGUUGCUGGGACUGCUCUUUGUUGUGCAUGCUACAGUAGGGUGGACUGUUACGGGAAAAGAGAUUUUGUUGUGUGUCCUGACAGAAUACAGGCCUGUGGGCGAGUGGCAGAGUUCAGUGGCCAGUGUGAGCUGCUACAGCGCUUGGCUGUGGGGAGCGGGCAGUCUGGCUAAGUCUUAAUCCCAGCUCGGUAGCGGUCACCUGCCACGAGCACAGGAAAGCUGAAUGCUGUCUUAAAGCAUGUAAAGGUUGUUCCCAGCAGUGAGGGAAAUGACUGCUCCCCAAAACCUUGUAAUUCUUCUGGUGGUGAAUAUACUUUCUUGCUCUUCUGAAACAGAAGAGAGUAUACAGGCAUCCUGUCAUCCUAUGUGUCUGAAUGGCCCCUGCUGCCCCUUCUCUGCCCCACUGGGGUCAAGUUUGCUCAUCUCUCCUGGGAUGUGAGCCUGCUUGCUCACCACAUACUUCCUGGCACUUCUUAAUCUUUAAAUGUCUUUUCUUUACUCCUUUGCUAACCUUGUUCAUGCUAGUUCCUUCAAAUGUCUCUCAAAACCCAACUGUUCCGCUCAAGCUCUUUGCUAAUGUUGUGGUUAGGGGACCUAAGGCAGUUCGGAGUGUGGUUAUCUGGCAGGUGUACACAAGUGCAGAGCUGUGCUUGUCUGCUGGGGGUUUUGAGUACUUUGGUGCGCAGGUUGGCUCCUUGGCUGAAAACUUGUUAGAGCUAACACCAUGCUGAGGAUGAAGAGCCUCAUCUCUAUUAUAUUGAGACAUCCCGGCUGCGCUCGCAACUUGUGAAGGCCUCCCUGCUGAGAGACUGAAAGUGCUGGCCUGCCUGAACAAACUGAGACAGCAGCACGUGGAUGUAAUGAAGGUUUUUAACGAUCCAAUUCAUGGGCACAUUGAAAUACAUCCCCUUCUUGUUCGUAUCAUCGACACGCCUCAGUUUCAGCGUCUCCGAUACAUUAAGCAGCUGGGUGGCACUUACUUUGUUUUUCCAGGAGCCUCUCACAACCGCUUUGAACACUCCAUAGGCGUGGGCUACCUAGCAGGAUGUCUGGUUCGUGCACUGAAGGAGAGACAACCAGAACUGGAUAUAACCCAGCGAGAUAUCCUCUGUGUAGAAAUUGCUGGGCUUUGUCAUGAUUUGGGUCAUGGGCCAUUUUCACACAUGUUUGAUGGAAGAUUUAUUCCGCUCACUCGUCCAGAUUUGAAGUGGAAGCAUGAAACUGCUUCUGUUGAAAUGUUUGAGCACCUGAUCGCUUCCAAUAAACUAGAAGAAGUCAUGAAGUCCUAUGGUCUUGUCCUGGAAGAGGAUAUGAACUUCAUUAAGGAACAAAUAGGAGGGCCUAUAGAUGAAACUGCUUGUGAGAAAUCGUGGCCCUACCGUGGUCGGCAAAAGGAGAAAAGUUUCCUAUAUGAGAUAGUAGCUAACAAAAAAAAUGGCAUUGAUGUUGACAAAUGGGAUUAUUUUGCAAGGGAUUGCCAUCACCUAGGUAUCCAGAAUAAUUUUGAUUAUAAGCGAUUACUUAAAUUCACUCGGGUCUGUGAAGUAAAAAACCAGAAGCAUCUCUGUACCCGUGACAAGGAAGUUGGAAAUUUGUAUGAUAUGUUCCACACACGGAAUUGCCUGCACCGGCGAGCAUACCAGCAUAAGAUUGGCAACAUCAUUGAAAUAAUGAUUACGGAAGCCUUUCAAAAAGCAGACAAGUUUUUUAAAAUAGAAGGCUCUGGAGGAAAACUGUACCGGAUUUCUACAGCAAUGGAGGACAUGGAAGCCUACACUAAGCUAACUGAUAAUAUCUACCUGGAAAUUCUGCACUCAAGUUGUCCAGAACUGAAGGAGGCACGAGACAUUUUGCAUAAAAUAGAACGACGUGAAUUGUACAAGUUUUUAGGAGAGACUCAACCUGAAACAAUGAGGCAAAUUGUAAAGAAUAAUAGCCUGGCAGAAAGCAUUGCUAAAUCCAAGCCAGAAAAGGAUCCUCCAGAUGUGGAGCUAAAGGCUGAAGAUUUCAUAAUUGAUGUUAUCAACAUGGAUUAUGGAAUGAAAGAACAGAAUCCCAUUGAUAAAGUUCUCUUCUAUUGCAAGGCUGAUCCUUCCAAGGCAGUCAAGAUCAGUAAAGAACAGGUUUCAAAGCUUUUACCGAUGACAUUUGCGGAGCAGGUUAUCCGGGUUUAUUGCAAAAGUCAGGAUCCAGAUACUGUUUCAGCUGCAAAACAGUAUUUUAUUCAGUGGUGUAUAGAGAAGGAUUUCACCAAACCACAGGAUAGUGAUGUGGUUGCCCCUCAUCUAACUCCAAUGAAGAAAAGCUGGAAUAACACGAGAGAUGAUGAACACAGGACAGCUUCAGAACCCAGCUGCAAACAAAGGCUUCCUUUUGAUAAGUAACACUUUUCCUUUUGGCACUAUUCAGUCAGCUUCUUCAGAAGAUGAGUAAACCUGAGCAGCAACUCUUUUAAAAGCCAAUCGGAUGGACUGUAAGAAUUUAUGGAGCAAUGCAGAAAUGCAUUUUAUAAUACAGUAUGUUUUAAUGUAGGUACUUAAACAAAGUGCAUAUUCCAAAUGGACUUUUAAAAAAUUAACAACCUAUUACAGCAGAGCAAGCUCAAUUCUCAUUUAUUUUUGAAUGUAUUGGUACUGUGUAGCAAGAGUAACUGUAAAAAUUGCAAUUCAUCGUUAUUACAAGAAGUGCUGAAAACACGUUACUGUUCCUUCUAGUCCUGAUCCCUUCUUAAAUGAUUGUGAUACUGCAUGAGCUAGCAGAAAAACUUCCAGCUCAGGUUUUUGGGUUUGGUUUUUUUUUUUUCAGUACCUGAGGAAGAGAGGAGUAAGUAUGCUUCUGAAAAUAUAGUGAGGUAAUAGAACUUUGAAAUAACCAUAGAUGACAUCUUGAAGAAUAGCAAAACAAAAUUUCAUUUAAAAAGAUAAAAGGAGGGGAGAGGGGAAUCUUUUUAAUAACCAAAGAUUACUUUUCUGGUAAUCAAAAAGCUGAUGAAGAUGCAGGCCUCUUGCUAUAAGUGUGACCACAAUUUUUAUUGAAGUAACAAUGCAUUGCAGUGACAUGCAGCCUUUUAUUGUUUUAUAGUGUAUUUUUGAUACAUUGAAUGUUAUAUUUUUACUGUUACACUGAACUGCAAAAACUGCUCAAAACGUCCAUUGUUUGAGUGCUUGCAGGAAAGCAGAGCUACCCAAAUGUUUGUCAAGGCAGGUAGACGUGCGCACGGUUCUUGGCACGGUUAGUGAGUCCUGGCAGGAUGCUGCACUGGCUCUGCUCUUCCUUGCACCAAGUGUGCCUUGUUUCUGCAUUACACUGUACUAGGUAGACAGGCUCUUCAGGAAUUCUUCCAUUCUUGUAUCCCUUCCCUGUUUCUUCUGGAUCUCCGAUUGCUGUUCCUGUGUAAUCUUUCUCUCCCUUGUAGAACUAUAAGGGUUCUUAUAUUUGUCCCUUACUGGCAGUACUAAAGUGAGUGUUGCUAAAUGUCCGUCCAGUUGAAAAAGUGGAUGAGGAAGACUGUUUUCCUCUCAUCUGUUGCUCAGGUCUAAGAGGAAGGCUGCUUUCAUUAAACAAAAGCUAAAAGCUUGAAAAAGCCCGCCCUCAAAACUAAAAAUGCAAAGCAAAAGGUUCAGUAAUACUCAGAAAUUGGAAUGAGCUUUGGAUUUUUAUAUCUGAAAUGGGGAAAGAAAAGUUCAGCAUUCUGUUUUGACAGCAAGUGUGGGUAACUAGGUUAGUUUCUGAAAAUUAACACAAUGGGAAUUCACUGUGAGAGAACUGCAGAACUUUCUUCAUAUCUGAUUACGUUUCCUUUGCCCUUUUUAUCAUGAGAACUGAUAGCUGUUAGGCAGAGGGAAGGAGAAUGAGUAUUCACAUACUUACUCAGAUUUCAUUUGUUGAAAUAACCAGGAGUCAUUUUGCGCUCUGCUGCUUUCUUAUGUGCCUGUGCUCGUGUGCCUAAAGGUGCAGCCUCUGCUGUUAAUCUCUUUAACAGUAUUUCAGAUCUGCAGGUGUACCAGGUAACUAUUAGAACGGGUUGUGACCACUUCAAAAGCUUUUAAAGAACUUCUUAUUAUGCUCCAAGAAACAACAUCAUAGAGUGAAGGCAUUUAUCUCCCUUAUCUGCAUAAAAUCAAGUAUUGUUCAGAAUAAUGUAAUUCUGUUAUUGCUGCUUGGGUUUGUUUUGAAUCUGUUAUAAAAGGUGCACUUUAUACUUGGGAAAUAUCUUCUUGCUUAUGUUUAAGCAAAAAUUCGUACUUAAUGCUAAGUCCUGAGACAGGGCAUUUCUUUUCCUCAAACAUGUUAAUCUGAGCCUCUCUGGACUAAGAAUAAAUUUAUAAACAAUGA